ACAGUGUCAUCUUCUGCUCUUAUGUAUCUGGCUGGCACCUUGCCUUCCCUUACCUCCCUCGAAACCCUAGUGAGAUCAGUCUCAUUCCAUCUUUCAAUGGCGGAAAGGGGCCGCCCCGCACACAUACUGCCGCUCCCUGAGCCUCCUCCGCAAGUACUGGGACGCUCCGCUCUCCUUCGACACGUCGACGACCCGCUCGUGUCCCGUCGCCACCCCGUGAUCGCCUUCGAGGAGAAGCUCGCUGCGCAGCUCCGUGAGAUCCAUCUUUUCCUCAAUGACAACGAGGAGCUCGCGUCCUCCCACGUGUCGCUGAAACGGGACCUCGGUGCAUCCCAACACGAGCUACGCAUUGCCGCGGCCGUUGUUGCGGAGUCCAAGGCCCAGACAGACGCUGAGGCCCGUGAAAUCUUCGAGCGUUUGUGCGAGGCGGAGGCGGAGGUGCGUCUGAUCGAGAGGAUGCGCGCCGAUAUGGCUCAGGUGCAGUCCGACAUCCGGGCGUUCAGUGUUGAGAAGGAAGAGCUCGGUCAGAAGCUGCAGUCGCUAAAGGGAGAGAUGGCUAUAGCUCAAUCGAACCACAAAGAAGUACGGACUAUCAAAGCCGAGAUAGAGGUCAUGCGCAAGGAAAUCGAAAAGGGCAGGGCUGCAAUAGAAUUUGAAAAGAAGGCUCAUGCUGAUAACCUUGGUCAGAGCCAGAUAAUGGAGAACAAUAUGAUUUCAAUGGUUCGUGAAGUUGAAAAAUUACGUGCUGAACUUGCGAACAUAGAAAAGAGAGCACGGGCAGAUGCAGCUGCAGCUAACUUAGGUCUUGGGUUUGCUGGAGCUUAUGGGACUCUUGAGACUAUGUAUGCAGCAACUUCAUAUGCAGGAACUUAUCCUUUCCAUCAGGUCCAGCCAUCUUCUGAUGCCAAUCCUCAAUUUGGAUCUGCAGUUACUCCUUUAAGUCAAUAUGACAUCCAGCAGAUGCACACUCAUAGAUAAAUGUAAAAAUAGCUUGCACAAAUCACAAUACUACCCAAGGACCAUAGGCUAUAUCGAGCUUUGGAAAAGAUAGCCUGAGCGCCCUCCAUCUCAUUAUUUCAAAGCUAACUAUCUAAUAUCUGUACCUCUAGUGCAAUCUGCAUCUUCCAGAUUAUGAUCUCUUAGUUUUCCCUUUCAAUAUGUUAAGUGUACAAAAUUGUAUUGCUAUGGCAGUAAACGUGCCCCUGGUUUGGCUGACAUAUUUUGUAGUUUGGAGCACUUUUCCUCCUAAUGUAUUCUUUGUACAAUCCGAUGUCUGUGAAUACUCAAUCAAACGGGUUGAGUUCAGAUAUCAAUGACUCAGGUGGUUGUGCGUAUUUUCAGAAAGUCCUGGUGUUUAUAAUAAUUUGAUUUUUUUUA